GCCUGGGCAGAUCAUUUGAAAGCACACGAAGAGGCUCAAGGUCUCGUACAGCACUGCCGGGCAACAGAAGUUACCUUACCUCAGAGGAUACAGGACAAGACAUGGAUUUGGGUGCUCGCUUCGGCAGCACAUACACUAAAAUUGGAACAAUACAGAGAAGAUUAGCAUGGCCCCUGUGCAAGGAUGACACGCAAAUUCGUGAAGCGUUCCAUAUUUAAAAAAAAAAAAGACAUGGAUUUGGAAAGCUUUUCAAAUCAUACUUUCUAUCCAGAGUUUGUUUUUCCAUAUUCAGCAGCUCAUGAACGGACCAACUCAGUACUAAUUCUUGCUAAAAAUGGACUGAGAAUUAUGAACUGUCGAAGGCAGGAAUCAUUAAACCAAGCCAUGUACUGGUUUCAAGUGCACCGUUGCUGCCACCUGUUAGAGAGUUGUGGAAUGAACUGCUGUUUCGUUCCUUCAAACAGCACCUCUCGAAUGCCGCUAAAAGGAACGCCUCCAGGGGCAUUGGUACAUCUUUUCCAAUGACUAGAUCAGGAUGAUUUGUGAUUCACCUGGUCCGCUUUCGCUGUGUGCUUUUCAAGCAGCUUGAGGGCAAGUAGUGUUAGCUACACGGAAACACACGUGCGCUUGUUGUUUGCAAGAUUGUUAGUGAUGGAAGUUUUGCCCAUCUUCUAUUUUAAGUGUCCCUGGUAUAACAAUUGUGUAACAAAUUGUCAGGGCUGACAGGAAAAGGUUUUCCUAAGAAAACAUACAUUUUAGACCCAUAAAAGCUAUGGAUGCUUUUCUGUAGGUAGCAACAGUUCUUAGAUUAAAUGCAUGCGUAUAUUCAAUGCCUCACUAACGGAAUGUUGUGCUUCUUAUGGGCAAAAAAUGCCCACCAUUCCCUGGACUUUAGGACCCCAGGCUCUCCACUGAGCUCCGCUGUGCCUUCCAGCAGAGUCUUGUCUAUUGGCUCCACCCUUCUUUACCCUGGCUGCCACUGUUCCCUCGAAUUGGAGCAGAUAGAAGAAUGGCCGGAAAGACAAGCCCAUGGUCAAAUGAUGAUGCCCUGCAACACGUUUUAAUGAGUGACUGGUCAGUAAGCUUUACUUCUCUAUAUAAUCUGCUGAAAACAAAGCUUUGCCCGUAUUUCUACAUUUGUACCUAUCAGUUCACUGUACUAUUCCGGGCAGCAGGGUUUGCUGGAAGUGAUGUCAUCACAGCUCUCAUCUCCCCCACAACUAGAGGUUUAAGAGAAGCUAUGAAAAAUGAAGGUAUUGACUUUUCUCUGCCUUUAAUAAAAGAAACUGCCCAUAAGAAGAAAAGAUCUGGGACAAGCUUGGGACAUGGAGAGGAGCAAGCCAUCAGUGAUGAGGAUGAAGAGGAAACUUUUUCCUGGCUGAAGGAGAUGGGUGUGCAAGAUAAAAUUAAAAAGCCAGACAUACUCUCUAUCAAGUUGCGGAAAGAAAAACAUGAAGUGCAGAUGGAUCAUAAGCCUGAGUCUGUUGUAUUGGUGAAAGGAAUCAACACUUUUACCUUGCUCAAUUUUUUGAUCAACUGUAAGAGUCUAGUGGCCACAUCUGGUCCACAAGCAGGACUUCCACCAACCCUGUUAUCCCCUGUAGCUUUCAGAGGUGCCACAAUGCAAAUGCUUAAGGCACGAAGCGUCAGCGUGAAGACACAAGCCCCUUCUGGCUACAGAGAGCAGUUUAGUUUGGAGAUCACGGGGCCGGUGAUGCCGCACUCUCUGCACUCUGUGCUUACGCUCCUCCAGUCUUCGCAGAGCGGGUCUUUUUCAGCAGGGCUGUACACACACGAGCCAACUGCUGUAUUUAAUAGCAGCCCGCCAGUGGAUAAAGUACUGGAUAAGGAUAUUGUUCAUAAGGAACUUGCCAACUGUGGGUUGCACCCAAAAACUCUGGAACAACUAAGUCAAAUACCACUACUGGGGAAAUCAUCCUUACAGCUUGUGGAAAUGAAUGACUACAUUUAUAACUGGAGAUCCUGAACACCAAAGUAAGCCUAAAAUGGAGAUUACGGAAAAAAAAAAAAAAAAAAGGCUUUCUAAGGAGGAAAUUCAAGAUAAUGGCUUUAAAGUUCAUUUUGGAAGCUAAAUGGAACAUUCAAAUGUUGCUUAUAAGUUUUCUAGUUCUUUAAUCUCUUAAAAAAUUUUCAUAUAUCCAACCAGUGACCCAAAACUACUAAAAACUACCUCAGAGAAGUCGAGUAAAAAUUCUAAAUCCUUAAAAGUGAGUUAUAACCAAAAGGUGUUUUCUUACAAAUGAGAAAUUUUAAGAAUUGUUAUCUAAUGGGCUUUCUGACCAGUGGCAUCGGAGCCAGGAUACAGUAUUAUAUAUUAACUUUUACCUUCAGCAAAUGAUUUUAUAGGUUCUAUUUUAUUAGCAUGACCUGUACCCCCUAUGGUCUUCCACCACUCAAGAAUCUUGAAUCGGUUUUUUAGUGAUUAACCCAAAGAAUGUAUGCUCCAUUUUAAAGUUGGUAAAGGAGUAAUGUGAUUUUCACAGGUUGUUUAGUUCAAAAUUUCUUAAAUAAAGGUGAUUAGAAAUCAAGGCAUUAAGAUGAUAAACAGUA